UACUUGAGCAAGAAAAUACAUUACCACAAGCAAGUGGUAAUAACGUCUCAAAGGAUCAACAAAAAAAUAUUGAUGCAGAUAUCGUUGAAGCCUUUUACAAAUAUCAAAAGACAAUUCCGAAAACCCACUUAACCGGAGAAAGCUUAUAUGAUUGUAAAAAUCUCACGGAAGAGGUUAUACUACAACUUUCACAGGAAUUUACUAACAAAAUUUCCUGGAAAACAAUGCCACCUGAAAAGAAUAUACGAGAAUAUUUUGAUGCAAAUUGUGCGAAAAGCGUAGAUGAUAAUCAUGAUAUUGUAAAACUAGAUGCAAACAUCCAGUUUAUGAAAAGCGGUGCAUCUAGUUUUCAAGGAAUGAUGACGGAGGAAGAACUAAAAAUGAGUUCGACAUUUCCUCUAUUUCGUGGGAUAUUUACCUCCGAUAAUAUUAAAAAUGCUUGGUAG